UAGUUCGCGUGCGCCAAGAUAUGUGCGGGGGAUCGAACGACAACAAGGGAGUUCGGGACGAGAUUGCAAAAGAUAGGACGUUCGGGAGUUAUUGAUUCCGAAAACCAAACCCCACGAGGCAGCCGCGAGCCCACGUUCCCCCCACCUUCGAUCGCGUGCCUUCCUCCACACACAACCCUAGCCCGCCGGCCACCAACCAUGGAGAUCUCAGCCGCCACGGCCACCGCCGGCUCUUCCCCGCCAGCCAAGCCGGUGCUCCUCCGCCCCCACGCCACCUCUUCCGCUACCACAACCAUCAGCCGCCGCGCCUCCGCCUCGGCCUCGGCCACCGUCCGCCGCCGCGCGCGCACCCGCCGUUCCAAGACCAUCUCCGGCGCGGGCGGCGAUGACGGGGAGGGCCCCUUCGGACCCGGCAGUGGCGGGAGCGGCGGCGGCGGCGGCGGGUGGAACCAUGGUUUCGGGUCCGGAUCUGGUCAAGGCUGGGACUCAUCGGAGCCCGACGUCCCCGCCCCCCGCCGAUCGGCGGCGGAGGUGGCGCUCGGCGUGAUCUACGAGCUCAUGUGCCUCAUCGCGCUCUCCAACUGCACCCAGUUUGCCGUGCGGAGGCUCGCGGGGCUUCUCGCCGCCCGCGUCGCCGCGCUGCGCUUCGUCCCCAGGGUCUGCUGAGGUGGGGAUCCGCUCGGACGGUUCAGUCUCCUAAUGCCCCGUCUCUCUCCUGAUGUAGGAUCUGCUUCCUCUACCCGAAUUCUGCUUGUGUAUAUAUGUACGUGCCUGUGAAUUUAAGGGUUGGGGGGCUAGGAUCCUUGUUCCUUGCUGAUUGCUUCUGGCGAUCCGUGGAAACAAAUUCGUCGAAUUGAAAUGGAAGACCGUAUGAACAAGACCUUCUAUUUUCUUGGACUA